AUGGCCAGUGCAGACAAAUUCAGAAGACGAAAAAUCGCCGUGCUUGGGUCGCGCUCGGUCGGGAAGUCGUCCUUGGUUCUCCAAUUCAUCGACAGCCAUUUUGUCGAGUCCUAUUAUCCAACAAUAGAGAACACAUUCUCCAAAAAAGUUUGUCACCAAGGCGUCGAGUUCCAAUGUGAUAUCAUAGAUACUGCCGGCCAGGACGAAUUCUCGAUUCUGAGCGGUAAACACGCCAUCGGCAUUCAUGGUUUCGUUCUCGUCUACUCCAUAACCUCGAGAGCAUCCUUCGACAUGAUUCAAAUCAUCUACGACAAGGUCACCGACUUUUGUGGCGUCAAACAGAUCCCCUGCGUGAUAGUGGGUUCAAAGUGCGAUUUGAAAAACAACCGUGUGAUUGAUGAAAAGGAGGGACAAGAGUUGGCCAGGUCGUGUAACGCAGCUUGGAUUGAGACCAGCGCGAAGUUGGAUAUCAAUGUCGGCAAGGUCUUUGAACUCUGCCUGUCCGAAAUCGAGAACAAGAGCGCUGCCCGUAACAGCAACAACAGCACUCAGCAUACUUCCUCCAAAUCUUGCAACAUCAUGUAG